UUUGAUAAAUUUUAUGGAUCUCACCUCGAAAGAGUUUUAAAUUUUUAAUCAAAUUUUAUUUUUGCACUUCGUAUAAAAGCUCUUUCAGCUGUACAGAUUUCAACCAGUGUCAUUCUUCGAUUUCAGGCAAAUAAACCAAAUAUGUUGUUCAAACUUUUCCUCGUCACAGUCCUUUUGGGACUUGCAGCUGCCGAUAACAUCGACAAGGAUGCCGAAAUCCGCAGUCUGAAAAACGAUCCUGCCGAUGCUGAAGGAAACUUUGCCUACCUUUUCGACACAACCAACGGAAUUGCCGUCCAAGAAAGUGGUAACGCCGCUGGUGUAAGUGGUGCCGCCCAAUGGAUCUCUCCCGAGGGUGUCAAAAUCGAUUUUAGCUACACCGCUGACCAAGACGGUUACCAUCCAGUUGGCGCCCAUUUACCAACUCCACCACCAAUCCCAGAAGCUAUCAUCAGGGCUGUUGAAUACAUCAGAACUCAUCCACAAAAGGAUGAAUAUAUCAGGACCACUAGCAAACCAUUCUACGGUUAAGUAAACCAUGGAAAAUAAUAUUCAAAAGUGACCUUAAAAUGUACAAGUUUUUUUUUUUUGAAGUUUAAAAAUUAAAAAUAAAGUUGACUGUUUGUAUACUGUGA